GAGGCAUCUUAAUUAACCCUGCGCUCCCUGGACCGAGCUGGUGAGGAGGGCGCAGCGGGGACGACAGCCAGCGGGUGCGUGCGCUCUUAGAGAAACUUUCCCUGUCAAAGGCUCCGGGGGGCACGGGUGUCCCCCGCUUGCCAGAGCCCUGUUGCGGCCCCGAAACUUGUGCGCGCAGCCCAAACUAACCUCACGUGAAGUGACGGACUGUUCUAUGACUGCAAAGAUGGAAACGACCUUCUAUGACGAUGCCCUCAACGCCUCGUUCCUCCCGUCCGAGAGCGGACCUUAUGGCUACAGUAACCCCAAGAUCCUGAAACAGAGCAUGACCCUGAACCUGGCCGACCCAGUGGGGAGCCUGAAGCCGCACCUCCGCGCCAAGAACUCGGACCUCCUCACCUCGCCCGACGUGGGGCUGCUCAAGCUGGCGUCGCCCGAGCUGGAGCGCCUGAUAAUCCAGUCCAGCAACGGGCACAUCACCACCACGCCGACCCCCACCCAGUUCCUGUGCCCCAAGAACGUGACAGAUGAGCAGGAGGGCUUCGCCGAGGGCUUCGUGCGCGCCCUGGCCGAACUGCACAGCCAGAACACGCUGCCCAGCGUCACGUCGGCGGCGCAGCCGGUCAACGGGGCGGGCAUGGUGGCUCCCGCGGUAGCCUCGGUGGCAGGGGGCAGCGGCAGCGGCGGCUUCAGCGCCAGCCUGCACAGCGAGCCGCCGGUCUACGCCAACCUCAGCAACUUCAACCCAGGCGCGCUGAGCAGCGGCGGCGGGGCGCCCUCCUACGGCGCGGCCGGCCUGGCCUUUCCCGCGCAACCCCAGCAGCAGCAGCAGCCGCCGCAGCCGCCGCACCACCUGCCCCAGCAGAUGCCCGUGCCGCACCCGCGGCUGCAGGCCCUGAAGGAGGAGCCUCAGACAGUGCCCGAGAUGCCCGGCGAGACACCGCCCCUGUCCCCCAUCGACAUGGAGUCCCAGGAGCGGAUCAAGGCGGAGAGGAAGCGCAUGAGGAACCGCAUCGCUGCCUCCAAGUGCCGAAAAAGGAAGCUGGAGAGAAUCGCCCGGCUGGAGGAAAAAGUGAAAACCUUGAAAGCUCAGAACUCGGAGCUGGCGUCCACGGCCAACAUGCUCAGGGAACAGGUGGCACAGCUUAAACAGAAAGUCAUGAACCACGUUAACAGUGGGUGCCAACUCAUGCUAACGCAGCAGUUGCAAACAUUUUGAAGAGAGACCGUCGGGGGCUGAGGGGCAACGGAGAAAAAAAAUAACACAGAGAGACAGACUUGAGAACUUGACAAGUUGCGACGGAGAGAAAAAAGAAGUGUCCGAGAACUAAAGCCAAGGGUAUCCAAGUUGGACUGGGUUGCGUCCUGACGGCGCCCCCAGUGUGCACGAGUGGGAAGGACUUGGCGCGCCCUCCCUUGGCGUGGAGCCAGGGAGCGGCCGCCUGCGGGCUGCCCAGCUUUGCGGACGGGCUGUCCCCGCGCGAACGGAACGUUGGACUUUUCGUUAACAUUGACCAAGAACUGCAUGGACCUAACAUUCGAUCUCAUUCAGUAUUAAAGGGGGGAGGGGGAGGGGGUUACAAACUGCAAUAGAGACUGUAGAUUGCUUCUGUAGUACUCCUUAAGAACACAAAGCGGGGGGAGGGUUGGGGAGGGGCGGCAGGAGGGAGGUUUGUGAGAGCGAGGCUGAGCCUACAGAUGAACUCUUUCUGGCCUGCCUUCGUUAACUGUGUAUGUACAUAUAUAUAUUUUUUAAUUUGAUGAAAGCUGAUUACUGUCAAUAAACAGCUUCAUGCCUUUGUAAGUUAUUUCUUGUUUGUUUGUUUGGGUAUCCUGCCCAAUGUUGUUUGUAAAUAAGAGAUUUGGAGCACUCUGAGUUUACCAUUUGUAAUAAAGUAUAUAAUUUUUUUAUGUUUUGUUUCUGAAAAUUCCAGAAAGGAUAUUUAAGAAAAUACAAUAAACUAUUGGAAAGUACUCCCCUAACCUCUUUUCUGCAUCAUCUGUAGAUACUAGCUAUCUAGGUGGAGUUGAAAGAGUUAAGAAUGUCGAUUAAAAUCCCUCUCAGUGCUUCUUACUAUUAAAGCAGUAAAAACUGUUCUCUAUUAGACUUUAGAAAUAAAUGUACCUGAUGUACCUGAUGCUAUGGUCAGGUUAUACUCCUCCUCCCCCAGCUAUCUAUAUGGAAUUGCUUACCAAAGGAUAGUGCGAUGUUUCAGGAGGCUGGAGGAAGGCGGGUUGCAGUGGAGAGGGACAGCCCACUGGGAAGUCAGACAUUUCAAAGUUUGGGAUUGUAUCAAGUGGCAUGUGCUGUGACCAUUUAUAAUGUUAGUAGAAAUUUAACAAUAGGUGCUUAUUCUCAAAGCAGGAAUUGGUUGCAGAUUUUACAAAAGAUGUAUCCUUCCAAUUUGGAAUCUUCUCUUUGACAAUUCCUAGAUAAAAAGAUGGCCUUUGCUUAUGAAUAUUUAUAACAGCAUUCUUGUCACAAUAAAUGUAUUCAAAUACCAA